AAAUGCACUCGCCUCACUCCUCCUCUCUCUCUCCUCUCUCUCUCUCUCUCUGUGGAUUCUUCUGUUUUCUCCGUCAACGGAUGCCGCAAUGGAGAAAGGCGAGGCCUCGUCAACGGCGGAAGACCCGUGGCUGGCGGAGGGAACUACCACCGCUCAUCACCUCACCCCGCCGCCAGGUCUGACCCAGGACGAGUUCGACGAGUUGAAGUCCCUCAUCGCCGAGUUCCACGCCUACCCACUCGUCUCCGGCCAAUGCUCGUCUCUCCUCUCGCAACGUAUCCACGCGCCGCCCGACGUCGUCUGGUCGGUCGUCCGGCGCUUCGACAAGCCCCAGACCUACAAGCAUUUCAUCAAGAGCUGCGUCGUGAAGGAGGGAUUCGAGAUGAUCGUGGGAUGCACGCGGGACGUCAACGUCAUCUCCGGGUUGCCGGCGGCCACCAGCACCGAGCGGCUAGACAUACUGGACGACGACCGGCAUGUCACCGGGUUCAGUAUCAUCGGGGGGGAGCACCGGCUGCGGAAUUACCGGUCCGUCACGACGGUGCACGGGUUCGAGCGUGACGGCAGGAUCUGGACCGUCGUUCUGGAAUCGUAUGUCGUGGAUGUGCCGGAGGGAAACACGGAGGAGGACACGCGUCUGUUCGCCGACACGGUGGUGAAGUUGAACCUGCAGAAGCUGGCGACGUUCUCUGAAGGGUUGGCCCGUGACGGUGACGGCGGCAAAUCACAGGUGAUGUGAAUAAUGAUCAAUCUCAUACAACAAGAGUUUACACAAGACAAGACGACCGGCAAGAAACAAGAAGAGAAAAAUCUGGGAUUUUUAGUUUAGUUUUGUUUUUCCAUUUUCAGUGGCUUAUAAUUUGAGGGUUGAGAACCCCCCCCCCCCCCCCCCCCCUCCUCUCUCUCUCUCUCUCUCCCCCCUCCUCCCUCCUCAAUUUCCUUUCUUUUCCGUGGCGCUGGGUUGUACUCUUUCUUCUUCAGCUCUUGGAAUCGACCUGAAAUGACUGGACUGGCAGUCUGGCACAUUUGGUUGUGAAUGACGUGUACAAAAUCAAGAAAGAAAUGUUGAAAUUCGGGUCAAUGGUGUAGUUUAUCUUUCUUUGGUGGUGAAAAACUGUAAUUUUUGUUUUUGCUGAUUCCUAAUCAAAUUAUGGGUAAUGGUAUAUGUAAAACAAAUGAGUGGAACUCUUCAAAUUUGGUUUUGUUUGGUUGUUGGGUGUAA